AUGUUGCCGUAUCAAGCCGUCGCUAUGGACUAUGCAGUAUCUUCUAGCUUCCAGAGACAUCAGCCUUCUUUAGGAUUAGGAGUCAACCUGAAUCCAGCCUUCACACACUCCUGGUUCGUACCAGCGGAUCUGUGUGUUUCCUACAAACAGACUCCUCUCCUCGAACCAGGUAUCUUGGAGUUACGGAAAGAAAAAAGUCGGGACGCAGCACGAUCACGUCGAGGGAAGGAAAAUUACGAAUUCUACGAAUUGGCAAAAAUGCUUCCUCUCCCCGCCGCGAUCACCACUCAAUUAGAUAAGGCUAGCAUUAUAAGACUGACCAUUUCAUAUCUCAAAUUAAGGGAUUUCUCAGGACACGGCGAACCGCCAUGGAAUAGGGAUGGACCGCCUCCGAACAAAUCACUAAAAACUGGAAGAAACAGAACUCAAGGUGGCUUGGCAAUGGAAAUAUUUGAACAACAUCAAGGAACGCAUAUACUGCAGUCUUUAGAUGGAUUCGCUUUGGCUGUAGCAUCCGACGGCCGAUUUUUAUAUAUUUCAGAAACAGUAUCAAUAUAUUUAGGCCUCUCACAAGUUGAGAUGACUGGAAGUAGUAUAUUCGAUUAUAUCCAUCAUCAAGAUCACUCGGAAAUCGCUGAACAAUUAGGAUUAGGUCUUUCACAAAACCAAAGUUUGGCCUCACCGGAAAGUGGCUCAGAAGAGAGCUCCUCCACGGCAGGAACAAACAAUCCCGACGUGUCCACGCAAAUGACGUUAGGAGCAAAUCCACCCUACAAGGGUCUCGACAGAGCGUUCUGCGUUAGAAUGAAAUCAACAUUAACUAAAAGAGGAUGUCAUUUUAAAUCUUCCGGAUAUAGGGUCGUAUUAAUAUUAAGCAGGCUAAGGCCGCAGUAUACAUUCUCCCACACACGAAAAUCUCAACCUCCACUCUUAGGAAUGGUGGCACUCGCCAUAGCUCUUCCACCUCCUAGUGUACACGAAAUUAGAUUAGAAACUGACAUGUUCGUUACUAGGAUAAAUUUCGAUUUCAAAAUAGCACACUGUGAACCCAAGGUAAUGGAUCUCUUAGAAUAUACACCCGAAGAACUGACUGGCAGAAAUCUGUAUUCUUUGUGCCAUGGAGAAGAUGCCAAUAAAUUGAGAAAAUGUCACAUUGACUUAAUAAAUAAAGGACAGGUCCUUACGCACUACUAUAGGUUUAUGAAUAAACAUGGCGGAUAUACAUGGCUACAAACUUGUGCCACAGUAGUGUGUAAUUCAAAAAAUGCCGAAGAACAAAACAUUAUUUGUGUUAAUUAUGUGAUAAGCCGACGAGAGUACGAGUCUGUGGUGAUGGAUUGCUGUCAGUUAGACGACCCGAACCGCGUUGUAAAGAGAGAGGAGGCGAGUAACAACGACCCGGAGAACGGAUCAUCAGACGCCGAACGUGGAGAUGACCUGAACGUCGGAGGCCUUACCAACCCGCCCCAGGACUCCAGCCAGGAAUUAGAGGAUGUUAACUGUGAAGGCAGUACCAACGAGAAUGAAGUUUCUGCAACACAAGAGCCUGGAGAUCUUCGGACUCAUCGUAUGGAUCUCGUGACGCCGCUCCAAUCUACACCAAUUGUCAGCAUCAACAAGGAUAAUCGGAAGUCAUUUCCUGCUCAACGAACAACGAAGAGAAAAAACACGUCAUCGGACGAGAACGAAGAAGAUGACGCAAUUGCAACUCAUCGAGGCUCUGCAAUAAGUCCAGCUUCUUCUUGUCAUUCCAACAACGGUACCCAUCACUUAUCAACGGACACCACCACCGACACUAACCCCAAGAAACUUGAGGACUCAGUCAGCAGUGUGACGUCGGUAAAAGAUUUGGAAAACGCCAUGUCCAAACAUCUUCCUGCUUGCAAAUCACCGAUCCAUCAACCAACAGAUUUCAGUACAGAUGCUCUUCUGAAACAACAACAGAAGACGACUAUUCAAUGGAUCGGAGCCCACCAUCAGCAGUUACAACAACAAGGGCCCUUGCCAGCCUCGGCUCUCCUGAGACAACUCUACGCUAAUAGGGAAAGUGUAAUUCGGGCAAAUGUGCAAGGUAGUAAUAGAUCUGGUAGCUCUCCUGGUUACUAUCCCAAUGACAAUCAAGUAGGUGUAGGGGCACUACCAACACCUCCCAGUAGCGAGGGCUCAGCAUCUUAUAGUGAACACCAGUUUUUACUAGCGCAACACCAAAACUAUCCGACUAGUUAUUAUAUGGACUAUCAUUCCAUGACUCCCCCAUCAAGUGUAUCUCCCCGUGAUAAACAUCAACAAUUACAUGGAGGUGUUGCGUUUGACUCGACUGUUCCAUAUCAAGAUGUUUUAAGACAUCAAUACCCAGACAGCCCUCUACCUCUGAAACCCCAAGUGUAUUCGUAUGUAGAUCAACCCCAAUUUUAUCACCAUGGUUCUACGGGAACGGGGUUCCAUUUAUAUCAUUCAAGUAAAAACACGCCCACUACUCCCACAAAUUGGUAUCCGCCAUCAUAGUAAAAAUAACUUAAUAUGUUUUGACAAUUUUUUAUCAAUUUUUUUCGAAACGAUACGAUGCCAAUCUUUGAUUUAAAUGCUUAAGUUAUCUCAUACUUUUCAGAUGCAAGUAGUGAGAAAGUUCACGCAUAGUGUGUCUGUUCAACUAUUUUUAAACCAAAGAAAAGUAAUAAGAUAAUACAAAAUAACAUGAACAAAACUGUAGUUGGACUAAUUUAAUAACAAGUUUAUGCAAAUAUUGUAGUAUACCGAGUGUUUUUAGUACCUAUUAUGUAAGAGUGUACAUAAUGCAAGAUAGGUACAUGUUAUUUAGUAUUAUUCGACUUGAACAGUGUCAUUGCCCGCAUUUUCAUAUAUCUGCAUUUUCUAAUAUCUAAUUCGACUAUAAUUGAAGCUUACAUUUUUCCUCGUCAUAAAACAAAAGUGUACGUUAUUUUUAUUUUAAAAAACUUAAUUUUCAUUACAGAUGGAGUUUAAAUGAUUAAACUACGAGGUUUUCAGGUUCCAAUUACCAAGUUAUAUUAACAUUCCUAAAUACAUAUUCUUCAUAUUAUAUCUUACUCUUGACAUCCUAUCCGAACCUCCUUAUCUUUCCUCUCCAAGCUCUUGUUAAAAAUAAGUUGAGCUAAACCAAUGUAUAUUAAAUAUACACUGUACUAUAAAUGUCACGUAUUUCAUUUCUUAAUUCUGAGACCGUUUCAUACUUAAAUGAAUGAAAUUGAUUUUAGAUUAAUUUUAUUCAAUUAUAUAUUUUUCAUAGAAAUUAGAUUUCGGCUUUUAUCAAAGUAUCAGGUAUUGACUACUCUGAAUCCUUGUUUAUUUAUAAUGCAAGCGUUGUAGUAGAUCAAAAUGAAUAAAUACUCUUUAACUACACAAGUUUUUCUAUUAUAAAUACCUAAUGAUGAAUUUCUAAUUUUUAUGUAUAUAAAUCGUUUAAAAAAAAUUUUUUUAUAUUUGUCACUGUUUCAAGGAUCUUUCUUUUCUUACAAAUCAGUGUUAGCUGCUUUGCUCUUUCAUGGUUUAUUAAUACAGUUUUCUUCGGAUUGAUGACUUCUUGAUCUAUUUUCUAAUAUUGAAAUUUAUUCUAAACAAUGUGAA